AUCUGAGCAUCAUUCGAACGUAUUUGUUUUGUGAACACUGGUUUUCAUCUAGUUAAAGUUCGGUUUUGGAUCUUUUUAAGCGUUCGUAUUAGAAGAAAUGGCGGAAUACGGAGAGAAAUAUGGCAGCCAAGGUCGCCAAACAGACGAGCAUGGCAACCCGGUUCAGCACACAGGGGGAACCACUGGCGGUGGGUGCGGUGUCGGCACCGGCACUGGCUUGGGUGGCGGGGAGCCUCACCAGCAGCAGCACCAUGGCCCUGGCGGCAUUCUUCAGCGCUCUGGCAGCUCAAGCUCUAGCUCUUCUGAAGAUGAUGGACAGGGUGGUAGAAGGAAGAAGGGACUGAAGGAAAAGAUAAAGGAGAAGCUGCCCGGUGGGCAGAAAGAUGACCCGGCGCACUCUACCGGUCCAGGCUAUGGUUACGAAGGAGAGCACCAUGAGAAGAAAGGAAUGAUGGAGAAGAUCAAAGAGAAAUUGCCCGGGCAACAAAAUCGUUAAAUUUAUGGAUGUCUCCUAAAAGAGUGUGUGUGUGUGUGUGUGUGUGUCAUUUGUGCUUUGUAUUUAGAAUGAGCCUGGUUAUCAACUCUACAUACUACGUGGUGUAUGAUCAAUAAGCGAUGCUCGUUUUCUUCCGGGCAUCUGCCCGUGUGUAUUGGCUAUGGGUGCUGUUAUGAUAUUUGAUAUUAUGUUAUCCAAGGCGUUGUAGUGCUGUGAUCUGUGUGAGGUCCCUAUUUGUUUGACUGUUUUGUAUUUCCUUAUGGCUUGCCUACGUUUUCUGAAAUCCCAUCGGUUCUCCCUGUUCAGCAGCCAGCUUGCUCAUUUCUACAAAAUCAGAGAAAAUGCAUCAUCUAUAUAAGUGUAUUAUACUGUCCAGUUCAAUGCCAUCACGAUCUAUGUUUUUGGUAUUGAAUCAUAGUAGACAAAACGUCUACUACUAUCAGAAAGACGCAUGUUAA